UUGUGCCCUGUGCGUAAAGGGCUCAGAAAGUCUGCGAGAGAGUCCUCGUGCACUUGAAAAUUUGAUAGUGGAACAGCCCUAAGCCCCCAUGGACAUACAGGGCACAUGCCUCAAAGUCCCCAAGUCUGUGAGUGUGGAAAGAGGGAUUCAGCUAUGAGGUGGUGCUUUAUGAAUAAAGUAAAUAAGAUGAUAAAGGAGCACGGCGACCUGUUUUCUGACUCCCAGUGUAAAGUCUGCAGUGCUGUCCUAAUUUCCGAGUCUCAGAAGUUGACUCAUUAUCAGAGCAAGAAACAUGCCAACAAAGUGCGGCGUUAUCUUUCCUUCCAAAAUGAAAAGGAACCAGCAUUUAAAAAGUUGAAGACGGCCUCAUCUGACAGUGACUGUAACAAUGGAGACACCGACCGGUUGAAGGAGUGUCAUGUAUGUAACAUGGCCUUCUCCUCUCCUGUGGUGGCCGAGUCUCACUACAACGGCAAAGUUCACGCCAAGAACCUGAGGCUGAAAACUGUAGGUCCCCAGAUCCCAGCAGCAGCCUCCCAAACACCACCAACAGCUCAGCUGAAGAAGAAACCUGCAGAUGAUUUGAGCAGUGUGCCGGUGACUGACGACAACAACAACCCGGACCGUUUCUGCUCCAUCUGCCAGGCCUCCUUCAACAACCCGCUCAUGGCCCAGCAGCACUAUGUGGGCAAAAAGCAUAGAAAACAGGUGACCAAGCUGAAACUGAUGGAGACGUAUGGUCCCUCCACAGCACCAGCUUCCACACUAAAGGGCUACCCGUGCACAGUCUGCAACAUUGAACUAAACUCUGUGGAGCAGUACCAGUCUCAUAUCAGUGGUGCCAAACAUAAGAACCAAGUGAAGAAAUCGGGCAUGAACACUGCAGAGAACCAAGACGCAGCAGAAAAUUCGUGCGAGGGCAACAACCAGUACACCAGUGGAGACAAACAAUACAGUGCCGCCAAUGAGCAGUACGCACCCGGGGACGACCAGUACGGCACCGCAGAUGAGCAGUACACAGCCGUAGAUAACCAGUAUGCGCCUGAGGACACAGAGUACUGUGAGGAGUAUCAGUUUACUUGAGGCUGGGCUAGUAGGAACUGCAGAGGCUUCAGGCAGGACUUGGAAUGACACACAACAACCAGCCCCUUUAACACAUUAACAUCAACCUCCAUGGACCUUCAGCUCCUGCAAGAGUCAGGAGGUUUUCCCCUGGAACAGAGUCAUCCGAACCACAGGCUUGGACCCCUGAAUAACCCAACGUUGGACUUUAGGAUUUUGGGUUCCCAACUGAAACAGUUAAAUAUUGUGUGUUUUUUAUUUAGUUUCCUCCUCUAACGAAACGUGUGAUAAUGGGUUCAACAGUUGAUAUUUUUUUAUCCACAAUCACAAGAAAGAAUGUCUUCAAGUGUUCAACUGGCUUCUGCUUCUGUUACAAACGUGUACUGAUUGAAAACCAUCCCCCAUAUCACUGUACAUUAGAGCUGGUGUGAAAUGUGGCGAUACUGAUAUGAUCAGUACUUUACUUUAGGAAUGUAAACAUGUUUUUUUACAAAACCUUUUAUUCAUAGAGAAGCCAACAUUUGCCAAAACAAAAUGUUGUCUAAAAGCAGCAAAAUUGUAAUUUAAAUUUGAAAAUACUAAGUAAAUAAAACAAAAAAUCCGACCAGUCAUUCUAUGCCAGCUUUCUAAACGCCAGUACCACAAAAGUAUUGAAGUGCGACACCCAGCCUUAGUGUACACACUAGGGAUGUUCCAAUAAAGUUUUUUCUUUAAUUGGGAAUCUGCA